AUUCCUAAAAAUUAAUUUUUUUAGCGUGCAGAGGUCUUAAAUAAGAGGGUUAAGAGUGACAGUCAUGAUUUUCUAAAAAAAUAUAUUAUUCAUCAUAUACACAUUCCUGAGUAGAUAGCUUAUUGUAACCAAUAACUCAUUGAAGGAGGAUAUAUUUUUAAUUUUUCUAUAUAGUUGGGACGUGAGGAUAAUAAAAAAGAAUUCUAUAUUUCUAACUUAUUAGCUUAAUCUUUUGAAUGCUUAUAUCGCUUAAAAAUAAAAAAAAAAUAAUACAAUUUUUUUUAUUACUAAAGACUUUAUAUAAAAAAUAGAUAAAAAAAAUUUGAGUUCUGCAAUCAAAACUAUUUACUGGCAUUAUUUUUUAUAUUAAUAAAAUAAAAAAUGAGUUCUAUUGGAACAGGGUACGAUUUGUCAGCAUCACAGUUUUCACCUGAUGGUCGUGUUUUUCAAGUUGAAUAUGCACAAAAAGCUGUUGAAAACAGUGGAUAUAUUGCAUACCUAUACAAAUUCGAUUUGUAUAACAAGCAAGUUCACAGCUCUCACGAAUUUGGCAAUCAGUCUGAUCUCAAGAGGCUUUGGGAUAGAAACAAGGCAAAACACUGCACCUAUUGUCGCCCAUUCCAUAAAGAUGUCUUAAUGUUAAUGUCACAGCUGAAUACAGAUAAAUCCGUGUACUCAUGUUGCAGACUCAAAAACUACUUGCAUAUUCUUACAAGGACAGUUAUAGGACUCAAAGGAAAAGACGUUGUCGUUUUCGCUGUUGAAAAAUUAAUUACUUCAAAAUUGUACGAGCCAUUUACAAAUAAAAGGAAUUUUAAUGUUGAUGAACAUAUUGGAAUGGCAAUAUCUGGACUUAUUUCUGAUGCCCGUCAAAUUGUUGAAACAAGCCGUUUAGAAGCAGCAAAUUAUAGAGCACAAUAUGGUACCAGUAUUCCAUUAAAAUAUUUGAAUGACAGAAUCUCCAUGUAUAUGCAUGCAUAUACACUAUAUUCUGCUGUUAGACCUUAUGGAUGUUCAAUUAUACUGAGCUCUUAUCAAGAUGAUAACCCCGAAAUGUAUAUGAUUGAUCCAUCUGGAGUAUCAUACGGAUACUACGGUUGUGCUAUAGGUGUACACUACAGCGGCACAAUGUACGAUUGAUUAAGCUGGACAAAAAUCAAGUAAAGCUAAACAAGCAGCAAAAACAGAGAUUGAAAAAUUGAAAUUGUCUACAAUGGAUUAUAAAGAUAUAGUAAGAGAAGCUGCAAGAAUUAUUUACUUAGUACAUGAUGAGUUAAAAGAUAAACAAUUUGAACUUGAAAUGAGUUGGGUUGGUAAACAUACGAAUGGAAAACAUGAGAAAAUUCCGAAUGACAUUAAAAUUGAGGCAGAAUCAAAAGCUCGUCAAGCUCUAGCCGACGACUCAGAUAGUGAUACUGAGGAAAUGUAAAAUAUUUGUUUGCUGAUAAUAA